AUGACUGAAGCCACAAAACCAACUGGGUCUUGGUCCGAUGCCUUCCCCGCGCCUCGUACCACCGCACCCAUCAUAACACGCGAGGACGCCGUGUCAGCCCUGUCAUCUCCCGAUCUGCUAGUCGUGGAUGUGCGACGCACCGACUACGAGGGUGGUACCAUCAAGGGGAGUAUCAAUUUGCCUGCGCACUCAUUCUACAUGAAUCGUGCGGUGCUGUUCGAUCUAUGCAAGAGAGCGGGCGUGAAGAAAGUUGCCUUCUACUGUGAUUACAUCGUAGACCAGGGGGACACCGACAUAGAGUCUCUGACCCUCGGGGGUGGCAUAAAAGACUGGGUCAAAGCCGGUGAACCGUACAUACAGCAUAUGGAAGGCUUUGAUGCAGAGUAUUGGAAGCAGUUUGAGUAA